AUUAUUUAUACGGCUCCAUUCAUGCGCGCGUUCAGUUGCUGGAGAGACGCCAUCGGUACCAAAUGACAUUGCCACCGCCGUUCAUUUCAAGCUUAAUUGUCAGUUAGGAGUAUUGUUUAAUUUUGGUUUUAACGCGGUUGGCCCGAAGAAAAUGCCAGCAGGCCUCAAAACAUUCGACUGAAUCAGAAAAGCAACAAAUCAAGAAUGGACCUGGCGUUGGUACUCCUUCUGGUUCUGGCUGCAGCUGGCCUGGGAAAUGGACAAACCGGUCGGCUUACCGUCGAUUCCCAUGACAUCACCGUUCUCCUGAACACAAACGAGACAUUCGUGGUAUAUGCCUACGAAUUGUUGGAGCAAAAUGUGCGAGUUACUCUAAAGACGGAUUCGGACGAUCAUUUGAGACUGGAUCCUGACUCUUUUGAUUAUCCUUCCGGUAGUAAUCAGAACCAAUCGGUGGUCAUAACGGGUCUAAAUGCUGGCUAUGUCCAAGUGACGGCCUCCAGUGAUCAGGAAGCCAAUCAGGCGAUAGUGGAUGACGUUUUUCUGAGAGUAACGGUGGCGAAAAAUCGAGGCCUUAUCUACACUUCGAUUGUUUUUGGAUGGAUUUACUUUGCCGCCUGGUCAGUGUCCUUUUAUCCGCAGAUCUGGAUCAACUACCGUCGCAAAUCCGUGGAGGGACUGAACUUUGACUUCCUCACCCUAAACAUUGUUGGCUUCACUCUGUACAGCAUGUUCAAUUGCGGUCUGUACUUUAUUUCUGGACUGCAGGACGAGUACGAGGAGCGUCAUCCUCGUGGCCUGAAUCCGGUGUUGCUUAAUGAUGUGGUUUUCUCACUGCACGCCAUGUUUGCAACCUGUAUAACGAUAAUACAGUGUUUCAUUUAUGAGAGGGGACAACAAAGAGUUUCAUUUAUCGCCUAUGGCAUUCUGGGCAUCUUUGCCGUGGUGGUGGUGGUCUCAGCCGGUCUGGCUGGCGGUGGAGUCAUCCACUGGCUUGACUUUUUGUACUACUGCAGUUAUGUCAAGCUGACGAUCACCAUUAUUAAGUAUGUGCCCCAAGCUUUGAUGAACUAUCGCAGGAAAAGCACGUCUGGCUGGAGUAUUGGUAACAUCCUGCUGGAUUUCACUGGCGGCACUCUAAGCAUGCUUCAGAUGAUCCUAAAUGCUCACAAUUAUGAUGAUUGGGCUUCAUUGUUUGGUGAUCCGACCAAGUUCGGUUUGGGUCUAUUUUCUGUUCUAUUUGAUGUGUUCUUUAUGCUUCAGCACUAUGUGUUUUACAGGCACACCAAAGAGUCCUCGACCUCUGACCUCACCAAUGUCACCGAGGCCCAAAAUCGAGCUACAGACAUUACACCUAGUGAAGAAAAUUCUGUGAAAUAUUAAAGCUUUAUAGUCCUUGUGCUAAGAAUGCUUUUUUGUACUGUUUUGUAAUUGUAAAUAUAUGCCAUAGCUACAUAAGCCUAAUCUACAAAA